UUGUAGAACCAAACACAUAUUCUUGUUCUUAAUAAUCUUUCCAUUGAAACAUAUUAAAGUGAAUUGUGGCAUGAAUGUGGUCAUGUGUGAAAUGCAUUCCACCACGUGCACCACCGUCAUUUCACCGUUCCACCACCUUAAUCGCCGGAGAAACAUUCGGAACCCUAGCAUAUUGCGCGCCAAAUCCUCAAUCCUCAUUCCCAAACAGGACUCCAAACUAAAGGAUCCCUUAUCAGACUCCUCAUCUCGACGCCUCAUCCUUCUUCGCCAUGCCGAUAGCUCUUGGGACCAAACUGCUCUCCGCGACCAUGACCGGCCACUGAGUAAGUCAGGGAAGGAAGAUGCUGUGAAAGUUUCUCUCAAGCUCCAACAGUUGGGUUGGAUUCCUGAACUUAUACUGUCUAGCGAUGCGGUGCGUACAAAGGAGACGCUUAAGAUAAUGCAGGAGCAAGUGCAGGAACUACUGGAAGCCGAGGUUCAUUUUGUUUCUAGUUUCUAUUCGAUUGCGGCUAUGGAUGGGCAAACUGCAGAUCACCUUCAAAAGGUUAUUUGUAAAUAUUCAAGGGACGAGAUAUUAACUGUCAUGUGCAUGGGGCAUAACAGGGGGUGGGAGGAGGCAGCUUCAAUGCUUUGCGGGGCAUCUGUAGAAUUAAAGACAUGCAAUGCUGCACUGCUUGAGACUGCUGGGAAAUCUUGGAACGAGGCAUUUGCCGCAGCAGGAUUCGGUGGGUGGAGGCUUCAAGGCAUAUUAAAACCAAGUAGCUAGCUAGUCAAGAUUUUCCAUGCUAGGUAAUCUUGCUAAUGUUUGCUCAAAAGAUAAAGUUGGCAGCAUCAUUGCUUAUUUUAAGAAUCCAAAACGCCGGUCAAGGGAUGAUGGCUACAGAGCUGAUGACAAGGAAAAAAAAUACUUGAUGGACGAAGGAAACCUGAUGCAAAAAGGCUUGAUUUGGAAGAGCUCUAUGAUUGUUUCUAUUUGAUAUUCAAUAGGAAGAAUUGCUGAGGAUAAUGUGUAGUACAAUCCUUCAUUUACUGCGUAGUAUAGUAUAUCAAGCAUAUUAGUUCAUUGAAUUGAACUCAUGCUCUGCUCAGUUGUUGCUGUUUAACAAACACAACUUCAUGUUUCAAAAGAAUUUUUUUUUUUUGCA